AAAUCUUUUGUUUGCCAAAUUAUUUGGUGGUCUGCUAUUAUCGAUGCAAUAAAAGGAUAAUAGCAAGAAGGCCUGACCAUUGAGAAGGUUCAGGAGCUAUGUGCUGAAAGGGAUAAGCUCAAUAAGGAGGUUGAUGAUUUGAGAAAGGAAACUCCAAAGUCCAAAGUCCUUUUGGAGGAAAGAUCUUGAUGCUCUGGAGGGGCAACUCGAUGAGCUUGAGAAAAGUGAUGCUCAGUCAGAGGAGUUAAGAAAGAAAAUGAGAGGCAAAGCAAGGGGUGAAGCUGCUAUGAAGUCUAUUAGACAAGCACCCAGGAACCCACGGAAGAACAAUAAUAAGAAGGCAAAUAAUGCAGAAUCUGUUGCAGAAGCUGUCUCAUCAUCUAUGGCUGCAAUGGAAAUUGAGAAAGCUCCUGAGGCAGCAAAACCCAAAGGCAGAGAAGUCUCUAGGAAAGCUCCUGCUAAGCCGAAAAAGCAAACUUUAGUCUUGAAUGAUGAUGAUGACGACGACAACGACGAUGUGCUUAAGCUUAAAGAACGACUUGCUGCCUAUAACGUUGACUCAUCUCCUGAUCAAUCAGCCGCCAUGGAGACUGAAGUGCCCAAAGUACCAGCCAAGAAGAAAGAACCUAGCAAAAGGGCUGCUGCUGCACAGAAGAAGAAGCCCUUGGCAACUGUUUCGGAGAUAUCUAACGAUAAUGUUGAUGAUAAUGAUAUUAAUGAAAUUGAUGAUGAUGAUGAUGAAGAUAGUGAGAUAGAAGUUGUAGCUGCUACAGAAGCCAGGAAAGAGGGCGGGAGAAAUCCGGCUGCAAAUGCUAAGGCAGUUAAGGCCCCUGCAGCGGCAAAGAAGAGAGGUGCAGCCAAUAAGCAGCAGCCUCAGACAUUAGGCCAGAAGCUGUUAACUGACAUGUUAAAGCCUGCUGAAAAUUCUGAGAUUUCACCAGAGAAGAAAGUGAGAAAGAUGAGGGCAUCUCCAUUCAACAAGAAAAGUGGUUCUGUGUUGGGAAGGGUUGGUAAGGUAAAUGAAGUGACUGAAAAUGAAGAAAAUUCGGGUUCUGCUUCUACUUCUGCCAGUACUGAAGAAACUAAUGAAGUUGCACCAGCAAGAGCAAGACCUCAAAGGGUGAACCGUGCACAGACAAGGUUCCGAUUUUUGAUGGCUCGGCAAGUGAAUGCGUGAAGGCCAUAGAACAAG